UGCUGUGCGUAAGGCAGAGAGGGUGACCCAGAGCGAGAGCUGCAGGAGAGGAUGAUCAUUUGAGUUGGCAGCUUGGAGGUGUUUGCAGUCUUUCUCCAGCUGGUUUGUGCUGCUUCUCUGCUUCCCUCAAGGGAUUAGAGUGGGCAGGAAGGGGUGAGUUUCUCCGGGAUUCUGCACAGGGAAGAGUUUCUUUCUCUCUUUGCUCUGGGGAAGGCUCCUCAGUGGAAGAGACGACAUCACCUGUUCCCUCAGCCCAGCAUCUGCUCCUCACCCCUGAUGUCCGGCUGCCUCCAAGGUGCAGGUUCCAGACACUGGAAGAAAGGGAAGCAGCUCCAGCUGGUUUUGACAGGUGUUCAUCUCGGUGGGGCCACGCUGACCAUGCUCAGGAGCUUCUGUCUCCAGCUCAUGUCCUUGAUUUGGAUCCUCUUGGCCCAUCACCAGCUUGCCCAAGGUGAUGACUGCAGCGAGCGCUGUAAUCUCGCCCACGGCUGCUGUGACCAGGAUGGGAAGUGCAGGUGUGAUCCAGGCUGGGAGGGCGAGUACUGCGAGGAGUGUGUGCGUAUGCCGGGGUGUCUCCAUGGGACAUGCCACCAGCCUUGGCAGUGCAUCUGUCACGCUGGCUGGGCCGGCAAGUUCUGCGACAAAGACAUACACAUCUGCAAACACCAAUCCCCAUGCCAGAACGGGGGUCAGUGCAUCUAUGAUCGAGAUGGGGAAUAUUCCUGUCUAUGUCCAGAAGGCUUCCACGGGAGGGACUGUGAGAUGAAGACGGGGCCAUGUGAGAAGGCAGGGUCUCCGUGCAAGAAUGGGGGACAGUGUCAAGAUGAAAACGGCUUUGCCAGCAACUUCACCUGCCGGUGCCUCGCUGGCUUCGUGGGGGCUCUCUGUGAGAACAACGUGGACGACUGCCUGAUGCGUCCCUGUGCCAACGGUGCCACCUGCCAUGACGGGAUCAACCGCUUCUCCUGCCAGUGCCAGGUAGGCUUCGAAGGGCGUUUCUGCACCAUCAACAUCAACGACUGCGCCAGCCAGCCAUGCAAAAAUGGGGCAAAGUGUUAUGACCGCAUCAAUGACUAUGACUGUUUGUGUCCCGACCGUUUCACUGGCAAAACCUGUGAGAUCUCCAUCCCUGAGCCCACCUGGGCUCCCCCCUACCACCUUCUGAACCAUGAGAACGGUGGGGGUGUGAAAAGCACCACCAGCGAGAUGCCAGGGGUAACGCAGCCAGAGCCUGUCAGGACUGCGGUCACAGGGCGGCGCAUGGCCAACCACAGUGAGAAGGAGCCGGGGGGAGGGUUGUUGAAAAUCUCUGUGAAGGAGGUGGUGACCCAAAGGGACUCGGGGCUGAGCGAAGCCCAGCUAGUGACAGUGCUGGUGUUCGGGGUGCUGACGGCAGUGCUGGUCCUCAUCACCGUCCUGCUAAUGCUGAGGAACUGGCAGAGAGGCCGUCAGAGGUCAAACUGGUGCCAAAGCCCUUCUCAGGCUGCAAGGAAGCUCCAAGACCAGGAGUGUCAGGUGGGCAUGCUCAACACCAUCCUGAUCGAGCCCAGGAAGACAACGGAGCUGUGACCUGCGAGGACUCUGAGCUGGGCCCUGGCAGGUCAUCGUGCUGGCAAACCCCCCCGAACUGCAGCCUGGGGAGCCACCCCAGCACAAGCUGGGCAGCGGGGAAGGGCUCCCAGGGCAGUGAAUGCAUCAACAAAACCCCUGGGUGUCAAGCCUGGGUGUGAUGGCCCUGCCUGGGUCUGUGCUGCCUCCCGUCCAGCCGGCACAGCCGGCACCCAUGGGCAUCUGAAAGCCGGGCUGUGUUGGGGCAGCCCCUGGGGAAGUGGCAACGUGCCACCUGUGGCAGCCCAUGCCACGCAGUGCUGGUAUCGCCCAACGUGAGCUCUCAGAAAUGGGAUGGGUAGUGCCAGAGGAGGGCACAGCCCUCUUGCAAGCCCAAAUUCUGCCAGGCCCUUUGUAACUCCUCUCUGUGACUACUGGAAGGGGCUUUGUCCUCAUUUCUGCUGGUUUUGGGAUGUUUCUUCUGGGGCUCUCGAGACAGUCGUGGCUGCGCAGGCCUCCCUGCCCCUGUACUGGAUGGGGCGGCACCCGACUGUUUCUGGAGGCUGUUGUUUCACAUGCCAUGUCCCUAGAGAGAGAGCAAACACAUUUGUUCCCUGGCUUUGUGGUUCUGUGAGCCAGUUCAAAGACACUCUGGAGAUCAUUUGGAGUCUCCUUGUGCCCUUCUGCCCUGGUGAUGCCCCCUCUUCUUGUUGUCAGACUGGGGUUACAAACACAUUCUGUACUUUCCUCCUGAUGAUCUUCUCCCCCUACUUACUGAGCUGUCCUUUCUGGUCUGGCCACAAAUGACCAAGCUCCUUCCCCUCUCCAGUGUGCACUUCUGCCUCACCAUUUGCUGAGGAAGUCCCACAGCCCAUUUGCUGACGAGGAGGAGCAUGGCCUGCGCCCCUCUGGGGUCCUCUGGGCCUGAGCUCGUCCUUCUCAUAUGCUCUCGCAGGUGAAACUGGAGACAGAUGAGACUGGAGAUGUGCUGUGGCUGGUUCAGGAGCAAUACAAGAUCCAGAUUCUCCUUUCCUCUUCCAGUCACUCCAAGGCAGGCAGCUGGCGCUAACCUCAAAUCAGCCAUUGUAGUGUUUCUUGAUACAACAAAGGUUAAGGUCCCCACAGUGGAUGUGAGGACAGGCUGUCAAGCCUGGCACGACCACAGGAAGCAGAUAUGAUACUGCUUUCUCCACCAUUGCUAAAACAUGGCUAAGAGGCAGCAGGUGGCCAGGCCACCCGGCCUUUGUGCUAGGUCUGCUCCUGCCUGUGCUGGUCCGCUGUGCAACAAUCAGCAUCUCUCUACCCAGGCCAGGAUUUUCUGUGCCUCCUCCUGGGCAUGGAGAGCUAAGCAGAGGGGUAAAAAACCCCACAACCCAAACCCUACUAUUGGCCUGAAGGGUUGCAGACAGAGUGAGCACUCAGACAGGAGGGAGACCUGGGAGAGGGGACUGGGGCUUCACCAGAAAGAUUAUUUUUCUAAUACAUGGAUGGAUGAUGUACCUUUAUCAAAUAAAACAAACACAAGCCCAGAAACAGUGUAUCAGAGAAUUGUAAAAUAAUUCAGGUUGCAAGGGACCUCUGGACACCAACCUCCUGCUCUCAGCAGGUCCAGUUAGAUCAGGUUGCUCAGCUCCUUGUUCUGGAUGAGUAUCUCCAUCACUUCCCUCAAAAAUGCAAACCCAGAGAGUGGCACAGUUGUCCUGCCCCAUACACUGGCUGCAGGGGUGGAGAUGGCUCCCACAGAAGGAAGAACGAGACCUGCCGCAGGACAGCAUAGCAAAGGUGUGUGCCUGCUUGGCCUUGCCUUAGAGUGUUGGGGAGAAGGGGAAAACCCAACACUUGAGUCCAAGGAUGCCAACAGGAAGAGCAAUCUGAUCCUAAAACUGAAAGCUGCCAUGGGUUUGUGCAGCUGGGAGCAGGGCAGGAGGGAUAGGGAAUUUCCCUUGGAAAAGUGGUCUUGAAAGAACUAGCCUUAGAGGCCUUUAAUGUAAUCCCAUUCUGGCCCUUCAGGGGAAGGCCUUCUCUACUAUAAACUGGAGGAAAAGCAGCAAGGUGCUUGAGUGCAGCUUUCAGGGAUUGGAAAGGUCUGCCCUCUGAAAGCAGUAGGGAGCGGGUAGGGUUGUCUUUGUG